UAUAACAAAAUCAGAAUGGCUGAAGCAGAUCGUCCAGGGAAACUGUUCGUAGGGGGACUUAAUAUAGAGACAAAUGAGAAGGCUCUUGAAGCCGUAUUUGGGAAAUAUGGGCGAAUAGUGGAGGUACUUCUGAUGAAAGACCGAGAAACCAGGAAAUCCAGAGGGUUUGCUUUUAUCACUUUUGAAAGUCCAGCAGAUGCUAAGGAUGCUGCCAGAGACAUGAAUGGGAAGCUUCUCGAUGGAAAAUCAAUUAAAGUUGAACAAGCCACGAAGCCGACAUUCAAAAGUGGAGGUAGGCGGGGGCCGCCACCGCCACCGAGAGGUAGAGGCCCUCCUAGAGGCCUUCGAGAAGGGGGAAGUGGCGGCGGAACCAGGGGGCCACCAUCACGGGCAGGGCAUAUGGACGAUAGUGGAUAUUCUCCCAACUUCAACAUGGGGUCUUCCAGGGGACCUUUGCCAGUUAAAAGAGGCCCACCGGCCCGUAGUGGUGGGGGCCCUCCACCUAAAAGAUCGGCCCCCUCAGGCCCAGUGCGCAGCAGUAGUGGAAUGGGAGGAAGAGCUCCAGUAUCACGUGGGAGAGACAACUAUGGAGGCCCGCCCCGAAGGGACCCGAUGCCGUCGCGAAGAGAUGUUUAUAUGUCACCCAGGGACGAAGGAUAUAACACUAAGGACGGUUACUCGAGCAGAGAUUAUCGAAGUUCUCGAGACAACAGAGAUUACGCACCACCUCCGAGAGAUUAUGCGUACCGUGAUUACGGCCAUUCCAGUUCACGGGAUGACUAUCAGUUUAGAGGCUACAGUGAUCGUGAUGGCUAUGGUGGUCGUGAGAGAGACUAUUCUGAUCACCCCAGUGGAGGAUCCUACCGAGAUUCCUAUGAGAGUUAUGGCAGUGCUCCGCCUGCCAGAGGGCCUCCGCCAUCUUAUGGUGGAAGCGGUCGCUACGAUGAUUACAGCAGAGAGGAGUAUGGUGGAAGCAGAGAAAGUUAUUCGAGCAGCAGAAGUGAUAUCUACUCAAGUGGUCGAGGAGAUCGUGUUGGCCGACAAGAUAGAGGGCUCCCCCCUUCUAUGGAUAGGGGAUACCCUCCUCCCCGUGAUUCCUAUAGCAGCUCAAGCCUCAGAGCCCCAAGAGGUGGCCGCAGAGGAAGUCGAUCUGAUAGAGGAGGAGACAGAAGCAGAUAUUAAAAAGAAAAACUUAAGUUUCUGGGCCAAAACCCCCUUUCAAAAAACACAAAGCAAAUUGAACUUGUUCUUUACUACUAGAGACUACGAAAAAGGAAAC